AUGUGCUUCCAACCCUUGCCCCAGCCCAUCCCCACAUUCCAGAGUUUUCCUUCGCUUAUAAGGAAACCUUCUAAACCUUCUGGCAGUUUUCUUCCUUAGGCCAACCACAGCACAGAGGAGAGCUUCCUCCUGCUCGGGUUCUCCGACUGGCCCUGGCUGCAGCCGGCCCUCUUCGCCUUUGUCCUGGUCUGCUACCUCCUGACUCUGACCGGCAACGCGGUGCUCGUGCUGCUGGCGGUGCGCGACCCGCGUCUGCACACGCCCAUGUACUACUUCCUCGCCCACCUGGCCCUCCUGGACGCGGGCUUCACCACCAGCGUGGUGCCGCCUCUGCUGGCCACCCUGCGCGGCCAGUCACUCUGGCUGCCGCGCGGUGGCUGCGUGGCUCAGCUGUGCACGUCGCUGGCGCUGGGCUCGGCCGAGUGCGUCCUCCUGGCGGUGAUGGCUCUGGACCGUGCGGUCGCCGUGUGCCGCCCGCUGCGCUACGCCGGGCUCGCCUCGCCGCGCCUCUGCCGCGCGCUGGCCUGCGCCUCCUGGCUGGGCGGCCUCACCAACUCCGCAGCGCAAACAGCACUCCUGGCAGAGCUGCCACUGUGCAAGCCCCGCCGGCUGAACCACUUCAUCUGCGAGCUGCCGGCGCUGCUCAAGCUGGCCUGUGGCGGCGGCGGCGGCGGAAACGCCACCGAGAGCCAGAUGUUUGUCGCCCGCGUGGUCAUUCUGCUGGUACCGUCCGCCGUCAUCCUGGCCUCGUAUAGCGUGGUGGCCCAAGCUAUAUGUGGCAUGCGGUCCAGCGGUGGCCGGAGGAAAGCGGUGGGCACGUGUGGGUCUCACCUGACAGCCGUCUGCCUGUUCUAUGGCUCAGCCAUCUACACCUACCUGCAACCCACUGACCGCUACAACCAAGGGCGGGGCAAGUUCGUUUCGCUCUUCUACACGGUGGUCACGCCGGCCCUCAAUCCUCUUAUCUACACCCUCAGGAAUAAGGAAGUGAAGGGGGCGGCAAGGAGGCUCCUGGGGAGACUGGGGAGAGGGGAGCCCAGACAGUGA